UCUCCCUCUCUCUUCAGGCGCUUGUUGGGUCGGUGGUGAAGCCGCUUCUUGUCUCCGGAGCUCCCAGCGAAGGAUGGACGUCAGCGGGCGGUAAGAGCACCCUCCAGACACUGAGGAAAGGGCACAAGACGUAAAGAAAGAAGUCUGUCGCUGAUAAAGAAGAGAGGAUAACUUGACGCAUCCGAAAAGGGACACUGCGGUGAUGGCUGAAGCACCUCAGCAGGAACAGCAGCAGCAGCAGCAGGAGGAGGAGGAAGAGGAGCAGCAGCUGCCAAGCUCUGUGGAAACCAGUGAAUCUGAUGAAGGCUCAGAGGAACCAAAUGAAGUCGUCAGAAAGGCUCGACCACUUCUGUCCAUGAGGUCCAUGAGCACCAUGAGCACCAUAGACCCAGAUGAUGACUACCCCAAUAUGAUCGUUUUCAGAAAGAUUGAAGAUAUUGUCACUCUCAUCCAGGACGAGACCGAAGGCCUGCCCAUCAGAACUGUCAAAAGUUUCAUGACCAAGAUCCCCAGUGUUGUUACAGGUGCAGAGAUAGUACAAUGGCUGAUGAAGAAUUUGUCCAUAGAGGAUCCAGCUGAAGCCAUGCACAUCGGGAGUCUGAUGGCAGCUCAGGGAUACUUUUUUCCCAUCUCUGAUCACGUGCUGUGCCUCAAAGAUGAUGGAACUUUAUACCGCUUCCAGGCGCCAUAUUUCUGGCCAUCCAACUGUUGGGAGCCCGAGAACACAGAUUAUGCUAUCUACCUGUGCAAGCGGACCAUGCAGAAUAAGACGAGGCUGGAGCUGGCAGAUUAUGAGGCAGAGAAUUUAGCCAGACUGCAGAGGGCCUUUGCAAGAAAAUGGGAGUUUAUCUACAUGCAGGCUGAGGCGCAGGUCAAGAUCGACAGAAAAAAGGAUAAAACUGAGAGGAAGAUCCUUGACAGCCAGGAGAGAGCCUUCUGGGACGUCCACAGACCAGUGCCUGGAUGUGUUAACACCACAGAAAUGGACAUAAGGAAAUGCAGACGCAUGAAGAAUCCUCAUCGAGUUAAGAAGUCAGUGUACGGUGUGGUGGAGGAGGGAACACAGUCACAGAGUCCCAUACACACUUCGUUACACCACUGCCGAAAAGGGACGAAAGAUGAUGUAGAAAAAGAGAUCUUAUUUCUGAACACCCAGCUAGAUCGUCACUGUUUGAAAAUGUCUAAAGUUGCUGAAAGCCUGAUAACCUACACAGAGCAGUUCAUGGAGUAUGACCCAUUUGUAACCACACCAGAACCAUCUAAUCCUUGGACCAGUGAUGACCCCACUCUCUGGGACCUGGAGAUGAGCAAAGAACCGAGUCAGCAGAGGGUAAAGAAGUGGGGUUUCUCCCUGGAGGAGGCUCUGAUGGAUCCAGCAGGACAGGAUCUGUUCCUCAAGUUCCUAGAGUCAGAGUUUAGCUCAGAAAACCUGAGGUUCUGGGUAGCAGUGCAGGGUCUGAAGAAGGUCCCCCAGCAGGAUGUUGCGCAGAGGGUCCAGGACAUCUGGGCAGAGUUUCUGGCAGAGGGAGCACCCAGCUCCAUCAACCUGGACUCGCAUAGCUAUGAAAUCACCAGCCAGAACCUGAAGGACCCUGGACGAUAUAGCUAUGAGGAUGCCCAGGAUCACAUUUAUAAACUGAUGAAAAGUGACAGCUAUCCACGUUUCCUCCGCUCCAAUGUCUACCAGGAUCUGCUAAUGGCAAGGAAGAAACCUGAAACAGAGCAGGGACGACGCACCUCCCUGGAGAAGUUCACUCGCAGUGUGGGAAAGUCGCUGACAGGAAAACGACUCACAGGCCUCAUGCAGUCAUCCUGACAAGGUCUGGAUUCGGAGUAGGAGGAAUCGUAUCCAAAGCAGACGCUUACAGUUGAGAAGCUUUAGGAACAGGACACUUGUGUGUGUAGCAUUGGGAGGCUAGUGAAGAUGCCAAACAAGCCUAGAACUGCUGAAAUGGAAACCCAACAUAUCUGGAUGGCACCUCAGAUAAAGGGAAGAGGACCCAACAGCAUGCAAUAACUCACCAGAUUUGGCACAAAGGGAGGUGCUGUUAUGGUAAAGACGAUUUACAGCGACUCUGCUUUGGAGGAUUUUGUUCAGAAGCUUGUAUCGAACAAGACUUGGCGAUUUUUCUCUGACUACACUAAUUUUAUCAUGGUAGCUGAAGAGGUUAAUGCUUUAUUGUCAGUGAUAUUUACGUGGAAUGCUCGAAUGCUUUGACUGAUGUCAAAAUGAGACUUAGAUUUUCGCUGUAGCUUGGUGUUUUAUCUCACUUCACUAGGAUGUAAAAAGGGAAAGUGGAAUGACGGGUUUACAGUAAUCAACACUUGAAACAAUGACAGGUAGAGUAGUGCAUCAACAUGCUAGUAAAGGCUGAAGAACAUUAGUAAUUGUUUCCUUGACUAAGGAACAAAAGGUAGAAAUUUAAAUGCGUCCUGCUUGUAAUUUAAGCAAAGGACACGCCAAUACUGGUUACCAUUAUUUUAACAGUUUUAAGAAUCGUAACUACGUCCAUGUUGGUCAGUUAUAGCAAAGACCACAAAUAUCAAUUAUAUGCUGUGUAAAAUGCUUUUUGUAAUAUACUUAGGGUGGACCCUUUUUUAACAAGCAGCUGUUGUUUUUAUCCUCUGAUACUAAGUAGAGAAAUUCAAUAUAACAAAACUAAUUACCAGUUAUAUGAAGUAGUAUUUCUCCUUGAUGUCCAUUGCUGCUAUAUACUGUAUGCUGCAGCAGCAUAUACAUGGCUGACUUUAAAGCAGGACCAGAUUAUGCACUGGGUUAAUCUACAUACAGUUUCAGUCAGCAGUUUAAAUCUUCUCAUUCCCAUAAGUGACACAUUUCUAUCUUUUAAGGAUUUAUUUUUUCAAUAGAUGAAAUGUUACAUCAAAUAACAAGUAAAUAUGGUGGCCCUGAGGUGCAAACCACUUCAGCAAAUUGAAAGCACAAAUACAAAUAACAAAAACACAACAACAAAUUGAAAGACACUACAACAUUAACGAAGCAAAAUUACAAAAACGCUACAACAUUAACAAAACGUUGGAGACUUGAGAAGUCACUGAUUGGACGUCAGUGCUUUUGAACCGGAAGUUAUUGCUUCCGGUUUUUUACGUGAUUCGGUCCACUUACUUGUAUUAGUUUGCUGGCAGAUAAGCCGCUUUGAAUAAUGUGGACGCUACAGUAUAGCGUAUCGCAUCAAAAGGACUGUCGUCCAAUCAGUGAUUUCUCAAGUCUCCAACUAGGACAUACCCUUUCCGUUUUGUUAAUGUUGUAGCGUUUCUGUAAUUUGUAAUGUUGUUGUGUUUAAGGUUUAAGGUAUUUUGUAAUUUUCCCAAUUAUUUGGCCUAGUUGAGCAGUGACUGACGACUCAUGGUUCAAACUGUCUGAGGGUUUCAUAGAAGCUGAGAGGAAUGAAAAUGCUUAUCUAAACCCGGAAAAGUUCCACUCCAUAAUUAAACUUUGCACACUUUUAAUACAGAUGUGUAUUGAAACUAAACAUCUAUUCAUUCACAGGUGCAUCAGUGCUUACUUGUCAGUUUAAAAGCAUUCCAGAAGCUCAAACAGCUGUGUUACUGUAAACCAGUUCUGUGGAUAGAUUGUAUGCUUUCUUCUGUCUUCUAAACAUUCCACUUCAAGCAGCCGCAGCGGAAAUUUGUGGGCUGAUGUCUUACCAUCUUUUCAUCCGAUGUAAAGAGGACCAUGAUAAUAAACAGGAAUGCACACUUAA